UCCCAGGUGGCUGCCGCUUUGGGGCUGCCGCGCGCUCAUUAGCCGCGCCCCCCCCGCGCCCUGGGUUUGGAGCUGGCCGCUCCGGUCCUCUUUUUGGGGGCGCGCUUUUUCUCUCUCGGUUCCCUCAGUUCGGCUUGGGCUUGAGGGGGUUGGAAUUGACGAGGCAGGCGGCUGCUUCCCGCGCUGCCCGGUGGGGGUUUCUCCGCCGCGUCCCUCCGCCGGCUUUCUUUCUUUCUUCUUCUUCUUCUUCUUCUCCUUCAUCUUCCGCGUCAUCUGCUGCUUCGCUCGGGCCGCGGGAAGAGAGCGGGCAGCUUUUGUCAUGCCAGCGGGGCCGAGGGAAGCGGCUCUCGGACUGCAGGACCAGUGAGAGGAAGUGCCCGCGUGUGUCUCCCCCCCCCCACUCCUCCCCGACCAUGACAGCCAUGAAGGAGCAGCAGCAGGCGCCGCCGAACCCGGGCAGCCGGGGGAGCCAGGCUGCCCAGCAAGACCAGGAACUUGGAAGCAACAGCCCACCACAGAGGAACUGGAAGGGAAUAGCAAUUGCACUGCUGGUGAUCCUAGUCGUAUGUUCACUCAUCACAAUGUCUGUAAUUCUUUUAACACCAGAUGAACUGUCAAAUUCAUCAGAAAGCAGAUUGUCUUUAGAAGACCUCUUCAGAAAAGAAUUUAUAGUUCACAAUCCAGAAGCCAAAUGGAUCAAUGAUACAGAAGUGGUGUAUAAAAGCAGACAUGGGCAUGUUGUUAAACUGAAUGUAGAAACAAAUACAAGUACGUUAUUGCUGGAAAAUGCAACUUUUGUAACUUUCAAAGCAUCAAGAUAUUCAGUCUCCCCAGAUUUAAAAUAUGUUCUCCUUGCAUAUGACAUCAAACAGGUUUUUCAUUACUCGUAUACGGCUUCAUAUGUGAUAUAUAACAUACGUACGAGGGAAGUUUGGGAGUUAAACCCUCCGGAGGUAGAGGAUUCAGUUUUACAGUAUGCAGCAUGGGGUGUACAAGGCCAGCAACUGAUUUACAUUUUUGAAAAUAACAUCUACUACCAGCCUGAUGUAAAGAGUAGCUCAUUGCGACUAACAUCGUCUGGAAAAGAAGGAAUUGUAUUUAAUGGAAUUGCAGACUGGUUAUAUGAAGAGGAGCUCCUUCAUUCUCACAUAACUCACUGGUGGUCACCUGAUGGAGAGAGGCUGGCAUUUCUUAUGAUAAAUGACUCAUUGGUACCAAACAUGGUUAUUCCCCGGUUUACUGGAUUCCUGUAUCCCAGAGGAAAACAGUACCCUUAUCCAAAGGCAGGAGAAAUGAAUCCAACAGUCAAGUUAUACGUAGUCAAUCUGUAUGGACCAACACAUACAUUGGAACUCAUGCCACCAGAUGGCUUUAAAUCAAGAGAAUAUUACAUAAUGAUGGUGAAGUGGGUCAGCAAUACUAAAACUGUCGUGCGGUGGUUAAACAGACCUCAGAACCUGUCCAUCCUUACAGUGUGCGAGACGACAACUGGUGCUUGUAGCAUGAAAUAUGAGUUUACAUCUGAAGUGUGGCUUUCUAAACAGAAUGAGGAGCCAGUUUUUUCUAAAGAUGGCAAUAAAUUCUUUAUGACAGUUCCUGUUAAGCAAGGUGGUCGUGGUGAAUUCCAUCAUAUUGCCAUGUUUAAUGUUCAGACCAAGAGUGAACAAUUUAGUAUACGACAUCUGACAUCAGGAAACUGGGAAGUUAUCAAAAUCUUGGCAUAUGACGAAUAUACGCAAAAGAUUUAUUUUUUAAGUACUGAGAGUUCACCAAGAGGAAGACAGCUACAUAGUGUGUCAACGAUUGAAUUGUUGAAUCGCCAGUGCCUUUCAUGCAACUUCAUGAAAGAUCAGUGCACGUAUUUCAAUGCAAAGUUUAGCCCAACUAUCAAGUAUUUCAUACUGCAAUGUAAAGGACCUGGUGUUCCAGUUGUCAGUGUGCAUAGUACAAGCAAUCCUGAAAAAUUUUAUAUACUAGAAAAUAAUUCUGUAUUAAAUGAAGCAGUCUUAAAGAAAAGAACAUUCAGGACGGAAACUAAAAUGCUUCACAUUGAUGACUAUGAACUUCCUUUACAGUUGUCAUUUCCAAAGGAUUUCACAGAACGGAGUGCAUAUCCUGUCCUCUUAAUAGUCGAUGAAGCUCCAGGCAGCCAGUUGGUUACAGAUAAGUUUCACAUUGACUGGGAUUCUGUGCUUGUCAACUCUGAUAAUGUCAUCGUAGCUCAGUUUGAUGGAAGAGGGAGUGGAUUUCAAGGUCUAAAGAUUCUGCAAGAAGUCCACCGUUCCUUAGGAUCAGUGGAAGUGAAGGACCAGAUAGCAGCUGUAGAAUACUUGAUAAAACAACCAUUCGUUGACUCCAAGAGACUGAGCAUAUUUGGAAAGGGCUAUGGAGGAUACAUUGCAUCAAUGAUUCUCAAGUCCAAUGAAAGGCUUUUCAAGUGUGGAGCAGUGAUUGCACCAAUUACAGACAUGAGAUUGUAUGCAUCAGCUUUUUCAGAAAGAUACCUUGGCCUUCCAUCUAAAGAAGAAAAUGCUUAUCAGGCAUCCAGCGUGCUACACAAUAUUCACGGCUUUAAAGAAGAAAAGUUGUUAAUUGUCCACGGGACAGCUGAUACUAAAGUUCAUUUCCAGCAUUCAGCAGAAUUAAUUAAACAUCUAAUAAAAGCUGGAGUGAAUUAUACUAUGCAGAUCUACCCAGAUGAAGGUCAUUACAUCACAGCAGAGAAGAGUAAAUAUCACCUUUAUAGCACAAUUCUCAGCUUCUUUAGUGCUUGUUUAAAGGAGGAAGCGCCAAUUUUAUCACAGGAACCAGAGGAAGAUGAAUAAGGAAGCUAUUUGUACAGAACUGAGGAGAUUUUCAGUGAGGCUCACUGAAACCAUAAAUAAAAGUGACUGUGAGAGAACAGAUUCUACAGAAGCCCAAGGGCAGCUAAAGGAUAUACCAGUGGAGCAGCACAUUUGGUGACAAUGAGCUAACAAACUGGGAUUUGAAUACAAAAGUCCAAAUGUAUUACCAAGGGACAAAACGUAUACCUUUGUGGAAGGCCAAUGGUCAGAUGCAGUUUCCUGGAAGAAAUUAAUUUUGCAUAAGAGUAGGGUUAGUGCAUGUUGAUUCUGUUAAGAUUCACUGUUUGUUCUGUACGUAGUUGCUCUGUUUUUAUUUAAAAUGCACAUGAUUUCUCAAUUUCAGCAUAAUGCACACCUGACAUAAAUAUUGAUAUUUGCACAGGAGAGCUGCAGCCUAACCAACUAUUGCAACUUUUCAAUUAGUGCAAUUUCUUCACUGUCAAGCUUCAAAAUAUUGAGAAAAGAUCAUUUUGUUUCAAUUUACAUUGGGAAACAAUAUCAGAUUAAGUCCGAUAAAUACACAUAUUAGUUUGUUUCCCUUCCCUGUAAAAGUUUUUCAAGCAUUCACUAUUUUACUGUACCAACUAUAAUUCAAUAAGCAGAAAUUUGGUAGUAUACGCUUGGACUUUAUGUAUAUACACAAAACUCCUUCCACAGAAAAUGUCUGUGUGCUUGAACAAUUUUUUCAAGCCAUGAUUACAGCUAUGUUUAAACCAGUAUCAACAACUAAAAUAGUUUCCCUGGUUAAAAGUUGUAUCUUUUCAUUUACUAAGAAAUAUUUGGGUUGUGUUUUUUCGUAUUGUUUACAGUAGUCAAUAGUUUGCUGGUUACACUCUAAUUUUAGAAUAUGCUACUUUGUCACAUGUAAAUUAGAUACAUGAAUAUUAAAUUAUAGUUUCAGAUAAAGAGAUUUUAUUAACAAUGUAAGCCAUUUGAGUACUACUUUGAUGAAUCAUUUGUGAAGCUGGUUCUUGCAGAUGGGCUGAGAUUCUGAACUUCAACGCCAACUUGUGGUAGCGCAUCACAGAACAGUCUGUCAGUUUUUAUUUGGUGUGUCACAGCUGCCUAGGCUGUUACAUGAAGAUUUAAAUUCAGCCUGGGAAAUGAUUUGUUUUAUUUCUAAAGGAGCCUUCUGAUGAAUGAUUUUUUAAAUUUUUAUUUUAUUCAGGUGAAGUCCCUGAAAUGCAUCAAAUGUAUUGUCAAGGUGAAUUACAGCCCUACAAAUCACACUAUGAAAUAAACAACCCACUCAACUUUGGCCAUCAGAA